GCUUGGCUCCGGGUGCUUGCCGUACAACCCGUGAUAGAGAAGGACCGUUGCCUUGGAGCCCCAGGGAAGCGGCCCCGGGGAUCCCUCCCGAGGUCUAGGCCACCAUGUCGGUUCUAGACGGGCUUUGGGAGGAUCGAGAUAUCCGGUUCGAUGUGCCCUCUCAACAAAUGAAAACAAGACCUGGAGAAGUCCUUAUUGAUUGCUUAGAUUCAAUAGAAGACACCAAAGGAAACAAUGGGGAUAGAGGUAGAUUGUUAGUGACAAAUUUGAGAAUUAUAUGGCAUUCUUUGGCAUUAUCCAGGAUCAAUCUUUCUGUUGGCUAUAACUGUGUACUCAGUAUUACAACAAGAACUGCUAACUCUAAGUUACGGGGCCAGACUGAAGCUCUUUAUAUACUAACAAAAUGUAAUAAUACUCGUUUUGAGUUUAUAUUUACAAAUGUGGUUCCUGGGAAUCCUAGACUUUUUACCUCUGUCAUUGCAGUACACAGAGCUUAUGAAACUUCUAAAAUGUACCGUGAACUUAAACUGAGGAGUGCAUUAAUUCAAAACAAACAGCUAAGAUUAUUACCACAGGAACAAGUAUAUGACAAAAUCAAUGGUGUUUGGAAUUUAUCCAGUGAUCAGGGAAAUUUGGGGACCUUUUUCAUUACUAAUGUGAGAAUUGUUUGGCAUGCAAAUAUGAAUGACAGUUUCAAUGUUAGCAUACCGUAUCUGCAAAUUCGAUCUAUAAAGGUCAGAGAUUCAAAGUUUGGUUUAGCACUUGUUAUAGAGAGCUUUCAACAGAGUGGAGGAUAUGUACUUGGUUUCAAAAUAGAUCCUGUGGAAAAACUACAGGAAUCAGUAAAGGAAAUAAAUUCACUUCACAGAGUCUAUUCUGCCAGUCCUGUAUUUGGAGUGGAUUAUGAGAUGGAAGAAAAGCCUCAACCUCUUGAAGAUCUGACAGUUGAACAAAUUCAAGAUGAUGUGGAAAUAGAGUCCGAUGAACACACUGAUGCUUUUGUGGCUUAUUUUGCUGAUGGUAAUAAGCAACAAGAUCGUGAACCUGUAUUUUCAGAAGAACUGGGGCUUGCAAUAGAAAAAUUGAAGGAUGGAUUCACCCUGCAGGGACUUUGGGAAGUAAUGAGUUGAUUUUGAUUUGAGCUGAAUUUCUAUUUAAAGAAACUUUAAAAUAGAAGAUACUAGUGGUUUGGUAUAACAUAUUGAAUAAUCAUAUGUAAAGUAAUAACUUUAAAAGAACUCAAGAAAAAAAUACAUUUAUAUGUUAUUGCCAGUUUCCUUGUCUAUCUUAAAAUUGUAACAAAAUUGGAUUUAGUUUUAUGAAUUUAUUUACUGUACAUAGCAUUUUAAUCUUGUACAUUAGUGAAUUUCCUGACAUAAAAUUAUUGUGUAUAUGUAUUUAAUAAAGAGUAUUUGUAUAGUAUGUUUUAAUAUUUUGCAAAUAUUAUUUAGGAAAAUAAGAUAUUGAAUCAAAAUUUAGGAGAAUAGGAUUAAAUCAAAGAUGAACUUUUCUGAACUUAGGUAAGAUAAGCUAAGUAGUAUGCUGCAGUAGAAAAGAGCACUUUCUUUGGAGUAAAAGAAUUUAGUUUUGAAUGCCUGAGCACUUAGGAGCUCAUUUUGCUCAUCUGCUAAAGGAAGAAGUAACAAUCAUCUCUAUUGUCCUUUUCAAGCAAGUUUAAUUGUGUUGCUACAUAGUUUAUAUUAAGUAUAAACUUUUUAAAUAAACUUCCUAAUUUGAGGAACUUGGGUUUUUUUUGUUUUGUUUUUGGUUCAUAAAUUUCUAAAAUUCUAGAACUUGAUGUAAAUCAGCUUCUACUCAAAAUUUUAAGUACUAUUUAGAUUAUUUUAUCAAUAGACAUAUCUAUUUAAUGCUUUUUUGAAAUAAAACAUUUGUCUUGUCAUUUUAUUGCUACACUGAUUUUUUCUAAUAUUCUCCUUGUUUAUAUUUAUUAUGGUUUAUAGAAUCACUUUCACUUCCUAAUUAGUUGCACAUUUAUAGAAGCUUGUGCUGGCUAUAUGUCAGCUUAACAGAGGGUUAAGAAAACAACUUAUUUUCAGAAUAAUAAAUUUAUUGGGAAAUACUAUCAAUUUCAAGAGAGGUAGCAUUAUGAAAAUUACUGUAACUGUUGUUGCUAUUGUUUUUUACUAAAUUCUGUAAUAUCUUUUCCCUGCCACAUUGUAAAAAAUAAUGUCAGCUUAGUCACUGAAUUGUAUUUGUUAUAUGUCAUACACAAAGAAAUAACUACUAUAAAAAUUGCUGAGUUUUAAAGUCUAAUCUCAAAUGGGUCACAUCAUAAGAUUUUCAUCUGACUCAUUAAGACCUUUCAAAUGUUUCAUGUUAUCAUGACUCAAGAAAUGACUCAUUUAUUGUUUAAAGGGAGGGGGUAAGCAGCUGUUAUAUGUUUUCUAGUGAGAUAAAACCUUCAGUAGUGUCUAUAAAUGGAAAAGAGUCAAUGAGCUCUCCUUUCAGCUGUUGUUUUACCAGCUGACAACAUUAUGGAUUUCAUUAUGAUGUAAAAUAGAAGAAAACUGUUAUCCAUUUGUGGUGACCUUAAAGUUUAGAAACUUUUGAUUUAAUGGUGUAUGGUAUGUUUGUAGGAAUUCAAACAGAAAUUGAAAUUACAAUGUUUGCAAAAAGCACAACAAAUUUCAGAAUGCCUAGAAAAUCCAAUCUUGUAGCUCAUAUAGAAAGUCAAAGCAUUUUCAUAAUUACUCUAAGUUGAGCUCUGCCAUUUAAAGUAUUUUGACCUGACAACAAUAAAAGUUGAAUCAUUUAUAGUUUCAUACCCUUUCAAAAUUGUCAUUGUUUGCUUUAGAAAAAUGAUUUUCAAAUUGUAAAUGUGAUCAUAACUAUAAUUCUGUGCAAUCUUCAAAUGAGUGUAAAGUUUCUGUAAUGUCAAAGAAUGGAAUGCUUUUAUCUUUUUAAUAUUUUAUAAAAACAUUUUCAAUAUUUGUAAA